AUGAACAUCUUCGGGUACGGCAGUCUCAUUUUCAAGCCGCCACCUCAUACCAUCCGAAGGACCGUAGGGUACAUUAGAGGCUUCACGCGGAGGUUCGCUCAGAGCAGCAUAGAUCAUAGAGGCGUUCCUUCCAGACCUGGAAGGGUCGUCACAUUGGUCGAAGCUAAAGAUUGGCACGCCUUUGCUGACGCGGAGGAUACGCCAGAGGGCGACAUUGUCUGGGGAGUCUGCUGGACUAUCGAUCCGGCACACGCCAAGGACGUCAGGGCCUAUUUAGACCACAGAGAGAUCAAUGGAUACACGCCCACCUACACCGACAUCUGGGCACCUUCCACGAACACGCGAAGCGCAGAUGAGAUAGUCGUCAAGUCGUGCUUGGUCUACGUAGGCCUUCCAAGCAACCCAGCAUUCGUAGGCCCUUCGAGAUCCCUGCAGGAAUUAGCAGAAUACAUCUUCACUUGCUCUGGUCCUAGCGGAAGGAACGACGAGUACGUUUUGAAGCUGGCUAGAGCUACAAGGAACCUUUCCAAUCAAGUCAGGGACUCUCAUCUGUUCGAGUUGGAGAGGAUCCUGCUCCAGAUUCGCGAAAGAGAGGGACUGCCGCUGCUGGAUGAAGAUGUGGUGGACGAAGAGCGGGAACAACGCAUCAUGGAGGAGGUGAUCGCCAGAAACAAGGCCAACGGAAAGCCUUUGUAG